GCCUCUCUAGGCCGUUUUUCAAUAGCGGAUGGAGGCUGCGCUUUGUUCCGGUCAAGGCCGGAAGCAGGUUGCUGGCGGGCGUUGCCAUGGAAAUCCGGCGCUGUUUACCACCGAGGAGUACCGGACUCGCUGCGAGCGAGGCAGCUGGAUGGAGCCGCUGCGAGGGUCGAAAAUCUGCAACUCCCAGGAGGUGCAGGCUGAGAUCCUAUCAGAUUGACUGGCCUGUUUGAUCCUUUGGAGCUCUGGAGCCGUCAGUCCUUUUGAGCCGAUGGAGCAUCUUCUGCAUUUCAGCAAGCAACAGCUGCAGACACGGCGCACUCGAAAGGCCAGGGGCGAGGAACCCUGUGGUCCACCAGGCAUUAUUGGAUUCCAAAUCCCACCAGCCCCAGCCAGCAUGGCCAGUCGUCAGGGAUGAUGGGAGAUGGAGUCCAGCAACAUCUGGAGGGCCCAAGGUCUUCUGAAAAGCAAUGGCUGCUGCCUCGCACCUGAACAUCACAUCCUCUGAACGGAAGACCUCCUUUGGCAUCACAAAGCCUUCCACCUGGCAGCCACCCUCCCUCGCCAUGCACGUCACCCGGCCAAAAUCUGCAAAGGGGCGCACGAGGUCCAACUUGAAUUACUCCCACAGCAUAGAGGCCUAUUCCUAUCAGGUGCCAUCGUCCCCUCAGCCAUUAGCUCCCUGCGAAGACGCUGUAAGUGGCCGGAGGGCCUCGUCGACCCAGCACCUGUAUCACCCCGUUCAGGUGCUUCCUGCCGAAAUCCCAGAUCUCCUCCAGCAGGUGCCCAUGAGAACUUCCUCUUCCUUAAAUAAGUACAGAGUGCUCCCGUCCAUCAGCAGGAAAGAGCUGAGGAAGAGCGCUGCGGAAACGAUGUCUGAACAGGCCGGCCAACUCCAAGUGAGCCCCCAACUGGAAGAAAGAGAGCGAGGCUUCAAAGAGCUCCCCCUAGUGGGGAAGACAGUGUCCCCCCCUGCCAUGGCAAAGCACAAUGGGGGCAGAGGCGAAUAUGCCGAGAAUCCACCCGCUCCUUUGGAAACAAAGCCGUUAAGAGAAGGGGCCCCUCCAGCGCUGGAUUUGGAAGAGCCCUGUGAGAAAGAGCCAAGGCUGCUUCUCGCCAUCAGAUCUCCUUCGGGUCACCGAUUUGAACGCCACUUCAGGCCGACGGACAGCUUGAAAACCAUCCUUGCGGUGGCAGGGCAAAAGAACUCGGCCGUGUACCGGCGCUGCAGCGUUGAAACGGUAGAAGUGCCUCGGAGGACCUUUCCCGACCUCACCAAGUCUUUGCAAGAGUGCGCAAUCCCCCACAAGUCAGUGCUGUGCAUCCUGCAGGAGGAGCAAGAGGAGGAGCUGUAAGCGGCUGGAGGCUGCUCUUUGCAUUAAAAUGCCAUUGGAGAGUGUGGCCUUUCUCCCAAUGUCCGCUCCUGAUGCAGCCGGCUCCUUUUCUCUGAUGUUGCAUUUGCCCCCCUGCGUGUCCAAAAGGAGAGCUGGGGGACCAUUGUGUUUCUAAAGCAUUGCAUUUCCCUUCCCUUUUGUGCCUCUGUUCCCCACCCCACCCCUCUCCAAGCUUCCCAUAUUCUCCAUGCCAUUUUGUAGGUUGCUGAGUUGUUCUCAACAUGGCCUUGUUCUGCUGGGAAAUCUGACACUUCUCAUUCACUAUCCUGUGGUAGGGGCUGGUUUGUGUUCUUCUUUCCGGUCUAGGAAUAGAUCCUUUCCCCUCACCAGCAUCUUCUGCAAGAGAAUGUUCUGGUGAUUGUGGCCAACGCUUUCUCCUCCCCUCCCUGCAGUUCUUCUGUUCAAGGUCCAAAGAGAACUUCUGGUUUUGAUGGAAGAGCAGCUCACCCAAAUCUCCUCUCUCUCUCUUCCGUGGUAGAAGUUGAAAUUUAAGAGAGCUUCAUUAUCUCAGCCUACCAGAAUUUGUUGCUACGUUUUUAAUCAAAUGUUCCUUUCACGAGAUUAUGGCACAAAUUAGACUGGAAAGAUCCUAGCUAAGUGGAGCUUAUCCAGUGCAUAUUUGAAUGUUAAGUGUUGUUUGGCAACAGGCACAGAAGAGCCUUUGCUUUUUGAAACAAAAAUGAGUUAAUUGCAAACAUAUGUUGAUUUGGUAAUCUAUUAUCAAUUGAGUUUUGCUUGGGGAUGAGCAAGCGGCUUUUCCUCAAAGCUGCUUCCUCAUUUUUUAAAAAAAAUGAAUUUCAACCUGUUUAUGUUUAUCAAAAUGCCAUUUAUAUUCUUUUUU